CUGAGCUGGAGCGGCGUGGGCCGUGGGCCGUCAGGGCAGCCCUGAAGGGGCCCCCCUCCCCACUCCGCUCUAGUAGAAGUGUGAGAGAGCCCAGCAGGACUCAGAGGGGAGAGUUGGAGGAAAAAAAAGGCAGAAAAGGGAAAGAAAGAGGAAGAGAGAGAGAGAGUGUGUGUGUGAGAGAGAGGAGCGGCUGAGCCCACCCCGAUGGCCGCGGACGAAGUUACUGGAGGGGCGCGCAAAGCCACGAAAAGCAAACUUUUUGAGUUUCUGGUCCAUGGGGUGCGCCCCGGGAUGCCGUCUGGAGCCCGGAUGCCCCAUCAGGGGGCGCCCAUGGGUCCCCCGGGUUCCCCGUACAUGGGCAGCCCCGCCGUUCGGCCUGGCCUGGCCCCGGCCGGAAUGGAGCCAGCCCGCAAGCGAGCAGCACCCCCGCCCGGGCAGAGCCAGGCGCAGAGUCAGGGCCAGCCAGUGCCCACAGCCCCUACCAGGAGCCGCAGUGCCAAGAGGAGGAAGAUGGCUGACAAAAUCCUCCCUCAAAGGAUCCGAGAGCUGGUCCCCGAGUCCCAGGCUUACAUGGACCUGCUGGCUUUUGAGAGGAAGCUGGACCAGACCAUCAUGCGGAAGCGGGUGGACAUCCAAGAAGCCCUGAAGAGGCCGAUGAAGCAAAAGCGGAAGCUUCGGCUCUACAUCUCCAACACGUUUAACCCUGCCAAGCCGGACGCCGAGGACUCGGACGGCAGCAUCGCCUCCUGGGAGCUGCGGGUGGAGGGGAAACUGCUGGAUGACCCCAGCAAGCAGAAGCGGAAGUUUUCUUCCUUCUUUAAGAGUUUGGUCAUUGAGCUGGACAAAGACCUCUAUGGCCCAGACAACCACCUGGUGGAGUGGCACCGGACCCCCACAACCCAGGAGACAGAUGGCUUCCAGGUAAAGCGCCCAGGGGACCUGAGCGUGCGCUGUACCUUACUCCUUAUGUUGGACUACCAGCCUCCCCAGUUCAAACUGGAUCCUCGCCUGGCCCGCCUGCUGGGGCUCCACACCCAGAGCCGCUCCGCCAUCGUCCAGGCUCUGUGGCAGUAUGUAAAGACUAACCGGCUGCAGGAUUCUCAUGACAAGGAGUACAUCAAUGGGGACAAGUACUUCCAGCAGAUCUUUGACUGUCCUCGGCUGAAAUUCUCUGAAAUCCCUCAGCGCCUCACAGCCCUGCUACUGCCCCCAGACCCAAUUGUAAUCAACCAUGUCAUCAGGCCCUUGGGUUUGGGACAGGCCCUGGAAUCUAAGGGCUGUCUCUCUUCCGGCAGCGUGGACCCCUCAGACCAGAAGAAGACGGCGUGCUAUGACAUUGACGUGGAGGUGGAAGAGCCACUGAAGGGUCAGAUGAGCAGCUUCCUUCUGUCUACAGCCAACCAGCAGGAGAUCAGUGCCCUGGACAGUAAGAUCCAUGAGACCAUCGAGUCUAUAAACCAGCUCAAGAUUCAGAGGGAUUUCAUGCUGAGUUUCUCCAGAGACCCCAAAGGCUACGUCCAAGACCUUCUCCGCUCCCAGAGUCGGGACCUUAAGGUAAUGACCGAUGUAGCAGGAAAUCCCGAGGAGGAACGUCGGGCAGAGUUCUACCACCAGCCCUGGUCCCAGGAAGCUGUCAGCCGCUAUUUCUACUGCAAGAUCCAACAGCGCAGGCAGGAACUGGAGCAAUCCUUGGGUGUACGCAACACCUAGGGUCACCUCCUCGGACCAGACACCACCACAGACCUCCAGGGCCAGGUCCCCUGCCUCCUUCCUACCCCCUACCCCCAGGGACCUCCCCCUGGGCUGUUACAUCACUCCAGACUAAUUUUCCACGUGGGCCUGGGGGCACCAAAUUAAAGGUCAUUCAGCUACCA